AUGCCUUACAACAUUGCCAUGAUCAGCGACUUCUUCUUCCCACAACCCGGCGGAGUUGAAAGUCAUAUAUACCAGCUGUCAAGCAAACUCAUUGAUCGAGGCCAUAAAGUCAUUGUCAUCACACAUGCAUACGCUGGCCGGACGGGUGUUCGAUACCUCACCAAUGGCCUUAAAGUAUACCAUGUGCCGUUCUUCGUCGUGUAUCGCGAGACCACCUUCCCCACCUUCUUCUCUUUCUUUCCCUUAUUCCGGAACAUUGUUAUUCGGGAACAAAUCGAGAUCGUGCAUGGCCAUGGUAGCCUAAGCAACCUCUGCCAUGAAGGUAUCCUACAUGCACGGACAAUGGGGCUAAGGACCGUCUUCACGGAUCACAGCUUGUUUGGUUUCGCUGAUGCUGGAAGCAUUCUCACAAACAAGCUCCUCAAGUUUACUUUGAGCGAUGUGGACCAUUGCAUAUGCGUCAGUCAUACUUGCAAAGAAAACACAGUGCUCAGAGCUUCCUUGGACCCGCUGAUGGUUUCCGUUAUCCCCAACGCAGUCGUAGCUGAAAAUUUCCGACCGCUGGGGUACAGUCACGACUCGCAGCAUCGUGCAGCGGAAAAGCCGCGCCUGGGUCCAGAUGACACCAUAACGAUUGUAGUUAUAUCCCGCCUCUUCUACAACAAAGGGACGGAUUUGCUUGUUGCUGCGAUACCCCGAAUCCUUGCUGCCCAUCCAAAUGUUCGAUUUAUCAUUGCCGGAAGCGGGCCAAAAGCCAUCGAUCUUGAGCAAAUGAUUGAGCGGAAUGUUGCCCAGGACCGAGUGUUACUGUUGGGGCCUAUACGCCAUGAAGAGGUCCGGGACGUCAUGGUUCAGGGCCACAUCUACCUACACCCCUCGCUUACGGAAGCAUUUGGAACCGUUAUAGUCGAAGCUGCCUCCUGCGGACUGUACGUCGUAUGUACUCGCGUGGGUGGUAUACCGGAGGUCCUGCCUGGGCAUAUGACCGAGUUCGCGAAGCCCGAAGAGGACGAUAUUGUAGCAGCUACUGGGCGUGCGAUUGCAGCAUUGAGGGCAGGACGGGUCCGCACCGAGCUUUUCCACAAUCAAGUCAAACAGAUGUACUCAUGGACGGACGUGGCCGAACGUACAGAAAGAGUAUAUGACGGCAUCAGUGGAGUGCUAAGCCACGAUGAGUUCUAUCAGGGCGCCGGAGCUGGUGGGGCCUGGAGCGCGACUCGUGGGCGUGCUGGUGUUCAGAGCUUUGCACUGAUCGAGAGACUGAAGCGAUACUACGGCUGCGGCAUUUGGGCUGGAAAAUUAUUCUGCCUGUGCGUCGUCAUCGACUACCUACUUUUUGUCUUUCUGGAGAUAUUUGCGCCAAGAUCACGUAUCGACAUCGCGCGGAACUGGCCAAAGAAGGAUCGCAAGGAGUGCAGAGAACGAGAACCUGCUUCCAAGGACGGCCUGGGAAGAAAGCGAAGUUCGAAGCAUAGGCGCGAGAAAAGAGAGCUCCGGAGUGAGAGUUAAUUUCGGGACUUGGAUCUGGUCGUCAAUCUGAUGAUGAGAUCUAACUUUGGCAAACAGAGCGAAAAAACAAGCAGGAGAGGGUCGCCGCUCUCUGCGAAGCUAAAUAUAUCAGCAUUCCAGAAAUGCGAGCAUCGACAAGGUCGUUCCUAGAUGACGGAUUAAUUCCUCACUGCGGGAGCCGCCAUAAUGCGCUUUCUCUACCGCUUCCCAGGGCAUGUCGCAUUC